UCUCUUCCCAAUUAAAACCGUUUCGUUCCAAUUGAUGGAAAUCAGCCUAGAUUCAAAAUUUUCUUCAGCACCAACAAAAUUCUCUAGAUUUUAGGGGAAAACAUUGCUUCGAUUAAUAGGAUUUCUUGUUAUUUGCUAAACCCUUUUAAAGUUCUUGAUUUUAAGCAAUUUCGUGAUCAGAUAAUUCUAUAACCCUUUCAGAGUUUUCGAUUUCAAGCAAUUUCUUGAUCAGAUUGUUCUAUAACCCUUUCAAAUUUCUCGAUUUUAGUUGCCAGAUCAAGAAUGGCUGCCAGAAAUACCAAGAAAAUAAGAGAAACGUCGGAUUCCGACCACCUCAGCUGUUUACCAGACAGUAUUCUUAGUCAUAUACUGUCUUUUCUUGACACAAAAUCCGCUAUUAGAACUUCUGUUUUGUCCAAACGUUAUGCACUUGUUUGGACUUUACUGUCAAAUCUUGAUUUCAAAUAUUCAGGCACUGAUAUUACUGGUUUUACUUCAUAUGUUAACCAUGUUUUGGAUCGCAGGGAACACAGCAUAGUUACCAGUUUUCGCCUUUCAUUGCAUAAAAAUGUGGAUUCCUCAUUCGUCGAGAAAUGCAUUGAGUAUGCGGCUGCACACAAGGUGCAGGAUUUGAGGGCUCGAGUUUGUACUAAACCUAAGUCUGUUGUAUUGCCAGGAUUGUUGCUUAAUUUGUCGUGUUUAAGAAUUUUAAGAUUGAAUAAUGGGACUUGUUGGAGUAUAGAGUUACCAAAGUCACUUGCAUUGCCUAAUUUAAAGGUUUUGAGGCUCAAGAAUUUUGCAUUUUCUGAUAGUAAUUAUAAUGGGGAGAUUUUUAUGGGGUGUCCGAAUCUUGAUACUUUGGUUUUAAACAAGUGUUGGAUUAGGCCAGUCGGUGAACUCAAGGUUUUGGAGGUGAAUUGCUUGAAACUUAAGAAUUUGGAGAUAAGGUUUUGGAGGAGUCCUUGGAGAUGUUUUGAUGAAUGUAUGAUCAAUGUGACUGCGCCUCGGCUUGAUACUUUUCGAUUACAAGGUCACCUUGUUAAAGUGAAUUUCAAGGAGUCUUUGGUUUGUUUAGAGAAGGCCUCUAUCGAUUUGUUCUAUCCUAUGUCAUGUGUAAUGGUGGAUACAUGGGAGAGAAGGCAAAGGAUGUCAGAAACUUUUAUAAGUAUGCUUGGCAGACUAUGUAUUGUGAAAUCUCUCUUCCUAUCGACAAAGACGACUGAGGUUUUGUCUGCUGUUUCUGAUUUAAGAAAACGUGCACCUCUUACCUUUGACAAUUUGAGGUAUAUAAGGUUCACAGCUGAGAAUAAACAUUCAGAGAAGUGUAUAACUAUCAACGAACUUGCACAGUUAUUGAAGAGUGCAAAGAAUGACUAUUUAAUGCUCCGUGAUUCUAAGGAUUCAAAGAGUUGGAAGACCAAACCUAAGCGAAAUUCGAGCUACACUGCUAUACGUGCAGGUGUCAUCUCCUACUUGCUUGAUAGCUGUCCUGCAGCAGAAAAUGUAAUUGUCGAACUACCAAAGGCAUCAACAGACCAAUAAAAGGUAAGGUAUAUGUUUACAUAGAAAAUGGUCAAGACCGGAUAAAAUAUUGAUGAUCUUUUUUUGCCUUUAUUUCUUGUCGAGCUAGAAAGAGAACUAUCAAUAUUGGUGCCAAAAUAUGUGUAUCUUUUUGUCCCUGGAAAUUGUUGAAAUCAUAAAAUAUGUACUUGAAGUUGAAGUUCAGCAAAUUUCUGUGUUUGUUCGCAAAGGAUUUAUUUGUUUUUGUUGAUA